ACCUUUGUUUCAUUCCAGUUUUACAUCACAUGAAAACAUUUUGCCCUGUUUCUCGCUGAAAAAUACUGUAACUAAUUUCUUUUUACAGUAGAAAUCCCUAAUUCUAAUGGGUAGAAUUUCCUCAGCAGUAGAAAUCCCCGAAGGCCAUCGCCGCCAUAGCUACCGAGAAAAUGGCCGCUACUCUCCUGAAUCCCAUAAUUACCACCGUCGUAGCCCUAGUCGAGGCCGCAGCAUGAACCGGAGCCGGAGUUCAAGCUACAGUCGAAGCCCGCCCAACAGGUACCGUCGCUCUUCUCCUGAUUAUUCUUCGUACUCUAGACGUAGCCCAAGGCCCGAUGAAACCCUCGAAUCAUAUGGAAGAAAUAGACACGCGUAUGAUGAUAGAAAGACCCUCAAAUCCGAUGGAAGAAAUGGAAACAGGUAUGAUGAUAGAAAGAAACAGUUCCUUGAUCGCGAUUAUAGAAACGGACAUGGAGAAUCCGAAUCGGACGAAGAGUUGAAAAGCUUGGGAUUCGAAGAGUACAGGAGGCUUAAGCGCCAGAAAUUGAGAAAAUUGCUUAGAAAUUGUAUUUGGAAUAGUACUCCCAGCCCACCUAGGGAUCCAAAACAAUCAUCGGAUUUGGAACCUGAGGAUGAAAUUACCAGGAAAUUUGAAGAAGAAAAAGAGAACAGAGAGGAUAAUAAAUUAAAGUCUGGUUCGAAAAGAUUGAAUAGCAAUUCGUCAGAGAGUGAAUCUGAGUCGGAGCCUGAGGAUCUUGAAUCUAGAUCAGAUGACUCGCUGUCAAGGAAGAAGACGAAGAGUAAAAAGUUGAGUUCCAGGCGCAGGAGGAGAUCAAAAUCCGUAUCUGACAGUGAGAGUGGGUCGGAGGAGUCCAGCGAUGACGAGGACACUGAAGAAGAAAAUAGGAAAAGGCGUAGGAGAAAAUCCAAGAAAAAGAGCAGUAGGAGAAGUAAGAGGUCCGGGAGUAGUAGGAGGAGGACGAGCAGUCGUAGAAGGAGAAGCUAUUCAAGUGAAAGCGAGGCCGAUGAGAGUGAGACUGAGGAUUCUGAUGCUAGUGAUCAUGGUAAGUCGAAGAAACGGAAGCAUGCCUCAUCUUCGAAGUCUCAAAGCAGCAAGAAGAAUGAACCUGACAACGAGAGUUCCAAUGCUGAUGAAAGUUGCUCUGAUUCUGAAGUUGAUGGAAAGAAUGCUAAGCAGAAGGUAGACGAAGCUGAAGUGGAUGACGAAAAUAAUGCAGAGUUGCUUAAGUUUAAAGAAAUGAUAGAGUCUAGGAAGAAACUGACUCUGGAUAAUGAACCACUGGUUGGUCCACUGCCUUUGCCAAGGGCAGAAGGGCACAUUAGCUAUGGUGGCGCACUUAGGCCUGGUGAAGGUGAUGCCAUUGCACAGUAUGUGCAGCAAGGCAAGCGUAUUCCUCGCAGAGGUGAAGUGGGACUUUCAGCUGAGGAGAUUCAGAAGUUUGAAACUCUUGGGUAUGUGAUGAGUGGUAGUAGGCAUCAGAGAAUGAAUGCUAUCCGAAUCAGAAAAGAAAACCAAGUUUACAGUGCCGAGGACAAACGAGCACUGGCAAUGUUUAACUAUGAGGAGAAGUCCAAGCGUGAGCAGAAGGUUAUGGCUGAUUUGCAGCGUCUUGUGCAGCGCCAUAUUGGGCAGGAUUCUGGUCCUUCUCACGAUCCGUUUGCUGGGAGGGCUGGCGAUGGUGAUGAUGCUUGAUUCUAGGUCAUAAUCAUGGUUACAUCUCUAUUUUGUUUGUCAAUGUCUUCUCUAUUAUUUGGAUUAUGUAAGGAACCUAUCAGCUGAUGCUGAGAAUGUAGAAGAACAAAACCUUUGAGAAAUUAAUUUUUAUGUCUUUUGGUACUUAUGUUU